CCAGGCGCGGGAGCUGCCCCAGGAGGGGCGGGGGAGCCGGGCCCGGGCGGCCUGUGCCGCGCCCGGGGCACCGCGGGGCCGCUCGCAGCCGCCCCCGCGAAGGGCGUGAAAGCGGCGGCAGAGCGGGUGCCCCGGGGAGGUGCCACGUCCAGCCCCGAGUCCCGCAAGAGCUUGCCCAGCGCUUGAGCAACGUCAGAGAGGCAGGGGUUGGAUCGUAGGGCCCCCAGAGUCCCUCACAAACCGGGUGUUUCAGCGAUUAUGGGCUGCAGCUGCUGAAUGAACUAGUGGUGGGAGACACCAAUGGGAAACUCUAUGUUUACAAGAACGAUGACAGCAAACCCUGGGCUGUGCGAUCUUGCCAAGGAAUGCUCACAUGUGUUGGUGUGGGAGAUGUAUGCAAUAAAGGAAAGAAUCUCGUGGUGGCAGUGAGUGCAGAAGGCUGGUUUCAUCUUUUUGACCUGACUUCUCCAACUUCAAAACACCCAGAUGCUUCGGGCCACCAUGAGGUUUCAGCAGCAGAAGAGCAGAAGCCAGUGUUCAAGCAGCACAUUCCUGCCAACACCAAGGUCAUGCUGAUCAGUGACAUUGAUGGAGAUGGGAAGUGUGAGUUGGUAGUGGGUUACACUGACAGGGUAGUACGUGCCUUCCGCUGGGAAGACUUGUCGGAGAAUUCAGACCAUGUCUCUGGGCAGCUGCUCCUGUUGAAGAAAUGGCUGCUAGAAGGUCAGGUGGACAGCCUCUCUGUGAACCCAGGUCCUGAUGGCUCACCGGAGAUGAUGGUGUCUCAGCCAGGUUGUGGUUAUGCUAUUCUGCUGUGCACCUGGGACACUGAGCAGCAGGCCACAACAGAGGGAAGAGACAACUCUGCCCCAAGCAGUGAGGCCCCUGUUCGAGAUGUUGUUCUACACCAAACAUCUGGACGGAUUCACAACAAGAAUGUUUCCACUCAUCUGAUUGGUAGCAUUGGCCGAGGUUGCUCCAGUGAGAAUAGUGGCUCAGGUCUCUUUGCCCUCUGUACUCUGGAUGGGACAUUGAAACUCAUGGAGGGAGCAGACAAGUUGCUCUGGUCUGUGCAGGUGGAUCACCAGCUGUUUGCUCUGGAAAAGCUGGAUGUUACUGGCAAUGGGCAUGAAGAGGUGAUUGCCUGUGCGUGGGAUGGUCAGACCUACAUCAUCGACCAUAACCGGACUGUUGCCAGAUUUCAAGCAGAUGAGAAUGUCAGUGCGUUCUGUGCAGAAAGACCAGCUAGUCUUUCCUCUGUGCCAUCUGGGAAAAGUAAGGGCCUCUAUGCAUGCAAAGGAGGAAGCAACAGCCCCUGCCUGGUUUAUGUCAGCUUCAAUCAGAAGAUCUACAUCUACUGGGAUGUGCAGCUGGAGAGAAUGGAGUCCACCAACCUGUUGAAAAUCCUGGAUUGUGACCCAGAGUUUGGAAAACUCCUGCAGCAGCUAGGUGUGGACAGAAGUGAUGUUUCUGCUGUCAAAGAUCUGAUUCACAAAACACUGUAUUUUCCUGAGAAACAGCAGCAGAGCAGCCCCUCGCAGUGUCAGGACUCUACUGGAACAGAUUCCUCUGCUGUCAUCUAGAAUCCCUUAUAAUAAGUCACAUGGAGGCUGACAUCUUCAAUACCAACAAAAACUCUUCUCCGAAUGGAAUUGGACAUCUACUGAGGAUGAGACUCUUCUUUUCCCAUCUUUGUCAAAGUUGCCAGACAGCAAAGGGUGUACAGGCUGGGUGCUGUGGAGGCAUAUGCUUGGCUGUAGGCUUGAGUGAAGGUGGUGGGUUAAUUUGCUUCUGGCUGAAGAAGCUACCAGAAUAUCGAGAGUCCAGGGUCCUGCUCAUUGGCCUCCCAUGAACAGUUUCCAUUUUUCUCUGCUAGCUGAAUUGCUUUAUGGGUGACUGUGAAGGAGCACUGAGGAUGUAGAUGGAGAGAAUAGUUUAGCUCCGUCUCUUUUUGGCCUAUUCUUACAACUGCUGUUAGUGAUUAUUUCUGAUUUUGUAGUGGGAUCACAGUACAGGAACUGCAGAUGGAGGAACUGAAUUAGGAAGUGGGCAAGGACCUUCUUGGCCACUUAGGUGUGUUUAAAGUAGACACAGGCAUUGUUUGCCUUUGCUCAGCUGCUGCUCUUCUACCAAGCAGUUUCUCACAAACCACCUCUUGUUCUGAGGAGCUGGAGACAUGUAUAAGAAAGAACCACGACUUGCCACUAAUAAGGUGUCAAGAGGUAAGAGCUCCAGUGAACCCCAGCUGUACUCAAGAGGCACUGCUUGUCUCCAUCUUCUUGGGCAGGGUGAUGCCAGAGAUGCCUGUGACUUACCAAAGCAGCUGUGAAUUGGGCAGUAAGAUGAAUCUGUUUUAACCAUGACGCUGUGACAGCUUGGCCAGUCCAUAGUAAGCAGUGGCAAUGCCACAGUUACCUCUUGUGUAGAGGGCUGUGGUAUUUUGAGUUCUGCACAACUGGAAGAGGUGGAAUGGAGAUGUUGUUCCACUGGCUGGUGUGCAGAGUCUGGAAAAGUCCAUUACUCACCCAGGCUGUUCAUGCACAAAAGCCCAGGUAGGAGCCUUUCUGUGUGCUGCUUGUGUUCUGCUUUUCCCCGUCUCAGCUUGCCCGUUGCCUAACUCAGCUUACUAGGAUGGGAGCAGGAGGCUCAGCUGCUGGUUUACAUCUAUUCUCUCACUUGUGGGAUGUCUCAUUGGACAUGUAUGAUGGAUGGACCCUUAUGAAAGGGCUGUAUCAGAGCCAGAGCAAGUAUAAUUCAGUGUUGUCUCUUGACAUAACAUUUAAAAUACUGCAGGCUGUUCAAAACCUGCUGUGCUAUACUCUGAAGAACACCCAAGGGCAGCCCUGGCUGGGAUAAAGAACUUUAUACAGAGGAAAGGGUCAAAAGGACUGUUGUUAGAGUAGCUCUAUGUGGUAGAAGGGCAGGAUCUACAUAAUAAGCUCUAGCUUUUCUUUCCGAUUUCCAUCCAUAGAUUUAAACAAGCCUCAUAGAGGACAGAUUCUGUCCUCUGUGAUUAAUAGCUGUGAAAGUUGAAGCAUGGAGCAGUGAAAUGGUAUGACCUGCUCUGUACCAGCUGGCACUGUUCUUGGUUCUUGAACUGCUGUCUUCUGACUCUCUAACUACAGGGGAAGUUUCUCUUCAUUUUAAUGACCUCACUGAGAAGCAUUUCUUGAAUGUGCACCUGUCGUACUGAGUGCUUAUGUACAACUCAGCCUUUCAGGCAGGAGCUCUCGGGCCUUAAUGGUUCUGUGAUAACCAUGGUGGUCAAAGCAGCAGGGCUUCAGUUUGUCAGCUAUGUAGAGUUGAUAGAGACCAUCUACUGUUGGGCUAAAGCAAGGUGUUGUCUUGAAGCCUGUCAGCUUUGGACUAGAACCUCAAGAAACUCAUCUCUCACAAUGCUGAGAUGUACAGCCACCCUUCCCUGUGGGCAAUCACAGCUAUUUCAGGCAAAGUAGUCAAGUGUAACUCAUUGGGCCCUCAUCAGUCUCAUAGUCCUUUCCUAGUGAGUCUUGUGGGGAUGUUAACUGGAUCACAGUGUAUUUUGGGGUUUUGCUAUUUUCAGGUCUCUCUUUACCAAAACCUAAAUCUUCUCUUUCUGAUCACUAGACAAGUAAAGAUUCUCCUUUCUCUCCCUUCAUGUGAAUAAGUAACAGUUGUUACUCUUAUCUCCUCCCCUUGCGGCUCAGCUGAGGAGAAGCAAGUGUCCCUACAGGUGGGGUCAGCAGUUUGGUUUUGCUGUGUUCUGGGUUACUUUCCACCCAGCACUGUUACUGCCUGAUUUUAAUCUUGCACUUCAAAAUUAGUGGAACUGACACAAUGACAUCAGAGUGGAGCAGAACAGUUUCCAGAAGCAUUUGUAUGAAGUGACAGAAAUUACAUUGUAGCAAUGUCCCUGAACAGGCUUGUGCUUGGCAAAUACUGUUCUUCCACCCUGAGCAGACUGCUGUUCUCCCUCUAAUUAAAGUGUAUUUUCUUGUUCUACUCCUUCCCUACCCCUUCACCCCCCCCUAAUUCUGUGGCUUCUGUCUCCUCCACCAGGGACAGAAACAGGAUAGUUACAAGAAACAAAAAAUAGUAAUGCCUGAGUUUUCAGUCAUGGCUUGUGCAACUUGGCAUGUGUAUCGUUGCAUGGAUGAUGAGCUGUUCUGUUCUGUGUGUUUUGACCAAAACAGGUGGAGUUCUACUACAGCUUGUGCCUGCUAUGGCCCCACUCAACAUUGUUUGGCUUUGCUGGGUCAGGUGUUCUCCAUGGAAGUGCUUUCUUGUUCCAUUGUUGGAAGAAGCAACUGCCUGGAGUAUUUUAUUUGCCUGAGAGCUGAGCCAGGGUGAGCCAAUCUGGUAGCUGGGUCUUACAGGCUAUUGCAGUGCUGCUGUAUUGUGAUCCUUUCUUGAGGCCUAACAGGAAAACAGGAUUGUUUACACUCAUAACAGAGAACAACUCAGUGCUGUCUGUCCAUGCCAAAAAUAAACCUUUAUUAGCAACAUCACAAGGGGAAUGCAAAUGGCUGUAUGACUGAAACUUUUGUGCAAAAUAAACUUUGCCAAACAGGUCAAAUUAUUUCCAAAGAAGGAAGGUCAGAUUGAUCAACAGUUGGACGGCUAAUUGUUGAGAAGAAACAGGAAGGGGUUAAUCUGGGAGAGAUGAUGUUUUCCUGAGGACCAUCUUUACAAGAAAAUGGGGCAAAAACAAUGCACGUAUUGGACAGAUAAACCUGUGCAGCCUAGCCCUCUUGUUGCCUGAGGAUAACAUUGCUGAGUGCUGUGCAAGCCUAGGCAUGCUGCGUUGUGCAAAGCAGAGGUGUGAAACUAUGGAUGCUACAGAUCAUGCAUUUGCCAAAACUUCAGCUCUCAAAACCAUUGGAGAGGAAAAUUACUAAUGUUUGAGGGUUUCCCCUCGUGGUUUUAUAUUGCUUAUAGAACAUAGUAACUUGCAGAUGCAUUUUGCUCUUGUGCCCUUUCUGCUGAAAGGAAAAUGAAAACUGUCUACAGAAGAAUUAAUUGGAAUGUCUGUACUGUUCCUUGGCAAAAUAUAACUUCUUUUUUUCAUGGCCUGAACUCCAAAGUGACAAUAGGCUGGCUACAGUCAAUACUUCUGAAGUAAAUGCUUCAGGCUACUUCUACUUGCAACAAUUUUUAGUGAAGUAUACACCUACUGAAAAAUUGUAACUCAUUGCAUCUUGGUCCUUGCCAGCCAACAGAAGCUGCAAGAGUUGGAAUUAGAAAUUGUUCCUUCCCAUGCAGCAGGAAAUUUUGUUUGCUUUUCAGUAGGGCAGGAUUUGCAAGACAGGUUUGUAUGUCCCAGUGCCAGCACACAGCAAGUGUCCAGCAGUAUUGUCAGACAUAUAUGCAGAAAAAUGAUUCAUGGCUUUGGUUGUGACACUCAAUUUACUAGCAAGGAGGGGGUUGCUUUAUUUUCCUGAGACAUUAUAAACCCACUGGCUGUCCCUGCUCUCAUU